AUGUGGUUCCCAGGUGGAAAGAUUGAGGCAAAAUUCAAUCCAAUUUAUGGAACGACAAAAGAUCUCCCAGGAUAUCGCUGUCUCGGACGUUUCAACACACAGGAACAAUUUGGUUGUUUGAUGAAAGACGGACCGGAGUCAUGCGUAUGUGGGGGUUCGUCUAAUCCUACAACUGAUUUGCGGCUAAAGAGUUGGUAUCCAGUAUUCUUGAACUCGGUGGAGAUUCGGUCGUCCUUGCACAACAGCCUGCUACCCACAGGCCCUAACUGUAAUCUUACGACAGACGACGUUACUGAUGCCCGUGAGAGGCGCAGACAGCGACGAAGACUUGGGCAAGUCAUAGAAACCUACACUUGUGAAGCAGUCUGUUCAUCUGAAGCCACUGCAAAUCCCUGAUUACAAUCAGCUGAAUCAUGUUACCUGCAGAGGUGAACGGAAAUAUCUACCAACAACUCGGAACAAUGAAGUUGGUGGGCUAUAUCCUCGUGGCGUCUGAGACGGAUCACAUUCAACAUCCCGUAUAUAAUGUACAAUGUUUCACAUUGUUAAACAUCAUUGUAUUCUCUAGAUGACAAUCAAGUUGAUGAGUUUAUGGCCCAUAUUUACACUUUGAAUUAAUGU